AUGUCAUUGUAUGCUAAGUUCCUCAAGAAACUCAUUACAAAUAAGAGAAGCUGGAAGGAAAAAGAGAUUGUGGUUCUCACACAAGAAUGCAAUGCCAUCAUCCAAAGAGGUUUAUCCCCAAAGCUUAAGGACCCUGGGAGCUUUCUUAUCCCUUGCACAAUUGGUGACAUGACAAUAGAAAGAACACUUUGUGAUCUAGGUGCAGGCAUCAAUCUAAUGCCCCUUUCUAUGAUGAAAAAGAUGCUCAUAGGGGAUGUUAAACCAACAAGGAUGUCUUUGCAACUUCCUGACAGAUCCCUUAAGAUUCUUAAUGGAGUGGUAGAGAACUUGCUAGUGAAGGUUAGAGAGCUCAUCUUUCCAGCUGAUUUUGUGAUACUUGAUGUGGAAGAUGAGGGAAGCAAUCCAAUCAUACUAGGAAGAACCUUUCUAGCUACUGCUAGAGACCUAAUUGAUGUUGAGAAAGGUGAGCUAGUACUCAAUUUCUUCAAAGCCAUGCAAUAUCCAGAUGAGAUGGAAAAUUGCAUGAGAAUUGAUGUGAUGGACACCUUGGUUGAAGAAGUUCUUGAAGCUAGCAAUGGUGAAAAUUAUGUGGAGGAAGUCCACAGUAUCCAAGUGAAAGAGGAAGAAGAGACACAAGCUAUUGAACAGCCACAAGAAUGCAAGGAUGAUGAACCACCAAAAUAA